UGUGGAAGUGUGACAUAAUAAUAAUAUAAUAAUAAUGGGACAUAAAAUGAUAAAAUUGAGGGUCUCAAGUAAAAAUUAGCCAAUUUAAAUUCAAAUACUAAGGAUUAUAAAUGCUAAUGCAAUACAUAACAGUAUAGUACUAUAGUUUAUAUUUUAAUCUCAAAAGCUAACUAAUUUAAUUAUAAGAUUUUUUUUUUUUUUUGUUUUUCUUUUUGGUGAGAGUACCAAAAUGUCUAUGAUGUAAACGAGAUUCGAUAUUAGGUCUUUGGUAUCAAUCUAAAACUUUCACCAAUCAAAAUAGUUGACAUCCACAUUAAAACUGUUUUUGUAUCAACUAUAUACGAGUAAUUUAAACUAAGUUUACCAUAAUUACACUUAUUAGUUUUAAUUUAUAUCUUGUUCAAAUAUGUAGACCCUAACUCCAAGGAUUCAAAGUCGUCAUGGAUACACGAAGUAAUCAUGGGUUAGCCAGUAGCCACUUAGCCUAAAGGCUAGUUUCUACCUAAAACCCUAACCCUCACCAAAUUCAAUCUUAUUACUCGUAAUUUAUUAUAACACCCCCUUCAACUUUCACAAGAAUGGCAAACAAUAAACUUGCAGUUGGAAGAAAAAUAAUUGCAAAAGCUUCAACUUCCAUUAAUGGCGGAAAUAUAUUCCUUCGUCUUCCUACUUCUCUUUCUUUCUGCUACCCUUUGUUCAGUUCUCUCUCCUCCCCAAAUAAAGAACAAAACCCCAAAUUAUUCCUCAAUUCAGUGAUACAACAAUGCAGACAUGGUUUUCACAAGCUCGACGAAGUUGUAUCUCUCUUCCAUCAAAUGACUCGUAUGAAUCCUCUUCCUUCUGCUGCUGCUUUUAAUUUCAUUUUAUGUUCUAUGAUUAAGGUUCAACCUAAAGAACCCAUUAAUUAUUUAACUGUAAUUUCUCUCUCUGCACAUUUACAAUUUUUGGGUGUUUCUUGUGAUCUUUAUUCUUUGAACGUCCUCAUUAAUUGUUACUCCUGUUUGGGUCGUGUCGAUUUCGGGUUUUCGAUUUUGGGGAAAAUUAUUAAGCUUGGGUAUGAUCCUUGUAUUGUGACCUUUACUACCCUUAUUAAUGGCCUUAUUCAUGCUAAUUUGUUGGAGGAAGCUGUUGGAUUGUUGGAUAAAAUUGUCAAUUUAGGGUUUCAACCCACUAUUGUUACCUGUGGUGCUUUGAUCAAAGGUCUUUGUAGAAUAGGGAACUAUGCGAAUUCGCUUGGAUUGCUGGCAAUGAUGAAUUCUGGGUUUAGCUCUUGUAAUCCUAAUGUUGUCAUAUAUAGCACCAUUAUUGAUAGUCUUUGUAAAGACAAGCUUUUACCUCAGGCCGUCAACCUUUUUUACGACAUGAAAAGCAAGGGUGUUCAGCCUGAUGUCUCUGCUUAUAGUAGUUUAAUUCGAGGGAUGUGCACUUUGGGGCAAUGGAUGGAUGUAAAGAUAAUGUUGAAUGAGAUGUUGGAGAAUAAGAUGGCUCCCAAUGUCUCGACCUAUAGCAUGUUGAUUGACAUGUGUUUCAAACAAGGGAAGGUUAAGGAGGCAGAAGCUGUAGUGGGACUGAUGAAUAAGCGGGGUGAUGCUCUAAAUGUAAUUACUUACACUUCUCUGGUGGAUGGAUAUUGUUCACGUGGUCAAAUGGAUGAAGCCUCGAAUAUAAUGGAUUUAAUGGUGAAAAAUGGUUUUGUGCCUAAUAUUCUGACUUUUACCAGCUUGCUAAAUGGAUAUUGCAAGGUUAAGAAGGUUGACAAAGUCCUAGACUUGGUCCAGGAUAUUCUGCUUAGAGGUUUAAAACCUGAUGUUGUCACAUAUAGCACUCUUAUAGAUGCCUUAUGCAAGGAGAAUAGACUCCAAUCUGCAAGAAAGCUUCUCAAGGAAAUGGAGGCUCAAGGCGUAAAACCAAAUGUAUAUACUUAUAAUUCAUUGCUUGAUCAUCUCUGUAAAAACUCACAGGUUAAUGAGGCAUUGGAAAUGGUGAGACAAAUGGGUGAAAUCAGAGUGGUCCCUGACAUUUUCACAUACAGUAUACUAAUUGAAGGCCUUUGUGCAGUUGGGCGAUUUGAAGAAGGAAGAAAUAUCUUCUCUUCUCUCCUAGCUAAGGGUUUAAAACCUGACAAAUAUACAUACGAUGCAAUGAUUAAGGGGCUCUGUAAAAAUGGUUUACCGAACGAUGCUAUUGAAGAAUUAAAGAAAAUGGAGGACAAUGGCUGCUCUCCAGAUUAUUUUACUUAUAAUGCAAUUAUAAGUGGUUUUCUUUCAGCCAAUGAUUUCAAAAAGGCUUUAGAGUUUGUCAUAAUUAAAACUAGCAAAGGGUUCCCACUUGAUGGUCACACUACUUCACUGUUAAGUGGCUCAUUUGCAGAUCACAAUGUUAGCGAUGCAGACAAAGCUUUGUUUCAAAAGUUUUUAAAGAACCAGAAGCACAAGUAAACAGCUUAAUGGUGUCAAUGUUCUGAUAAGAUCUCUAUUCCAUAAGCUCUCUGGUCAAAGCAUCUGUUGGCUGUUGCAUGGUAAAAUUUCCUACGUUCAACUUGCGCAUUCUGGUAAUGUCAUUUUGAUAAUUAAUUUCUUUCGAUGUGGCUGUGUAUGAGCAUGAGAAACAGUUAGGUGGAGAAAGUGUAAUGGACUGAAUAAUCUAAUUUAUAUAUUUAUAUAAAUAAGCAGAAAUUUAAGGAUGAAAGCUUGAAAUUAUAUUAAACUUGCUAAUGAUUUCUUACAAAAGGUAGUAGGUUUCGCCUACAAAUCUCAUAUUAGUGAAUUGAGGUCAUAACUCUCUAAUUAGUGACUUGAGGUCACAAGUCUCGAAAGGAUUUACUCCAAAUUUCUGCCUACCAUUUUUUUCCCCUCCCUCUCUAUUUAUACUAAGGACGAUUAACCUAGUAAUAUUACUAGAAUACCCAUACUGCCCCUCCUUAGGUUAGUCUAUUACAGAAAGCUGACAUACAUAUUGCCAACAUUGUCCGGAAUAUGGCAGAAAUAGUGCCAACUUUACUAGUAUGAAUAUCAAUAGACUUCCACACGACCACACGUAUGUAUUAAUUUCUCAAUAUUAAUAAGUAUUCAAUCUUAAUAUUUCACAAGAAACUCUUGACCACUCUCUCUAUGGGAUUGUUUAGUUCAAUCUUCUGUUUCCACUGCCCAGCUCACAUAUCUCAGUAAAUUAUUCAGUUGCUACCAUUGCCAAUUGUUAAUGCCUCUUGGUACACACGGAUUAUCAAGUUUGCUUCUCCCUUGUUGGUAAAAAGCCUUAAAUAGGUUAUUAGCUUGACAUGUCAUGGUUAUCUCCUUGGUCAAUGGUCUUAUUCUUGUUAAUUUGUUGUUGGAUAAGAUUGUCAUGUUUAGGAUUCAACCUGACUUGGUUGUCUGUGAUGCUAUGUACAAGGUCUUUGCAGAACAACAACAAUGCUGGUGCUCUCCACUUUUAAAGGAGAUGGAGUCUCAUGGCCCUGUAAAUCUAGUGCUAAUGAUGUUUUACAUUAUGUCGUCAUUGAUGAUCUAUAUAAGGACCAAUUAUGUUUUCAAUUCUCAAACCCCUACCUUUUAUCAGAGUUAAAGGCAAGCACAUUUCGCCCAAUAUUAUCUGACUCAUCACUCUCAGUUCAAGGUAUGUGCUGUUUGGAGCAGUGGAAAACAACCGGGAUAUUUUGGACAGAAACAUAACAGCAGCACCUUAUUCUCACACUAUGCUGCUUCAUCUCUCACUUGCUGCUCAAAUGUUAGCAAGGAAGAUGAGAGGCUUGGCUUUGAGAGGUUUCGGAGGACAGUUGCACAAGUUAGCACCUUAUAUGUUUAACGUCAAUGCUCUGAAAUUUCUGCAGUGUUUCUCAUCUAAUUCUCAAAUAAUUUGAGAUGUGGUGGCUAAAUUAUACGAAGUAUGUUAUAGCAAAGAGCUUGAAAAAAUUAUGAAGUUACACAAGACUUGCUCUGCCCCAAUGAUUUCAGAUGGAGUGGAAAGUUCAGAUUGGGAUCAUAUAUUUUCUUUUUGAACCCAGACAGCUUCAAGUAGCAGCAGAUGGCCUCCAUAAACUAGACAACUUCCCGAGGAAGCAGAUGUCUUCUCUAUUCUUCCGCCUAAAGGAUGAGAAAAGAUGCACUUCCCUAUUCAUGAUUAUGGAAGGAUGCAGAUAACUACUCCAGAUUAAUUCAUCUCCAACACUACAGAGUAGUAUUAUUAAAGAAUUUAUAAGUGGAUAUUAGGAAGGUUUUGGUGUUUCGCAGUCAUAACAAUUACAACUGGAACUAAAAAAAUUCAUAUCCUUGUGCUAUUCAAUAUCAAUAUGUAUUGAUCACACAAAAUUAAGCUAUUUAUGUUCAAUUCCAUUUCUCUUGCUUUGUGGAAAACCUUUUUGUUCAUCUUUGCUGAAGAGAAUUUUUUUUGGUUUGGUUUUCUCAUAGAAAUUAUAAAAAAAUUUAGGUCAAACAAUAGUUUCUCUGUUCCUAGGCUUAUCUCAUAUUCUGUACAAUGUUCUCCCUGUUUCCAUGUCCAGUAUUAUGAAUAAGAUGCUUCUGCCUUUCUUCCA